GGGGCCGGGGCCGGGGCCGGGGCCGGGCCCCGCCGCGGGGCGCCCUGCCCGGGCCGGCCGGGCCGAGGGAUGGCGCAGCCCGGGGGGAGCGGGGCGGCCAUGGACGGCAACGUGCUGGCCAUCGUCAUCGCCGCCACGGUGUCCACGUCCGUGUUCAUCGUGGCCGUCCUCGUGCUGCUGCUGCUCUUGUACCACCGGGACCCCAUGUGCUGCCAGUUCCUCUGCUCCUGCCGCUUCUUCCAGACCCCCGGCCAGUGCGACUGCCCCCCUCCGUACUUCAGCGGCAGCCAGCGGCUUGUGGGGCCCCAGCGCGGAGCAUCGCGGCUGGAGAGCGCUGCUGAGAAUCCUGGCAUGCAGGGAGAUGAGCUGUUCUGCGUCGGGCCCCCCAGCAGCUACCAGCUGCCUUCCUGGGAGCAGCCCCGCUUGCCGAGCUACGAAAGCGUGCGGAAGAAAGACCGCCAGCGGGAAAUCCACCAGAUGAUCGCCAAGAGGUUUGGGCUGUGGGCAGAUCCUUCCCAGGAGAUGCCACCUCCUUACGAGCAUGCUCUACGGCAUCCUCCAGCUUUCUCAGGAACAGCAAUCAUCUCAGAGACCUCAGACAGACGUGGUGCACCAAACCCUUUCCAGGCCCCCCCGGUCAGCUACCAAACUCAGCGAAACACAGCUGUGUGAGGCCUUAGCCUCACCGUGCUCCUCCUUCCCUUGGCGGCAGCGAUGGAAGUGCCUGGGACAUCGUUCUCAUCUGCAGGGAACAGCCAAACCUCAGACCUUCACCCUUAUUUCUGAUCAGCUGAGAGAGAUGGAGGCAAGUCAGACCCAGCCAGUGGAGGUGUCCGUCCCGCAGCACGAGGACAACCAGCGCCGAGCACCGCGCUCUGCCCGGAGUGACCAGGGACAUCUACUGGCUCUUCUCUCUGGCACAUGCACCGUUACCAAAGGCGACGGACCGGCUGCUUUGUCCUGCAGAGGGGCAAAGCAAAGACGAAGGUCUGCUCGGCCAGAGCUCCUCGAGGCAGCCGGUGUAUCGCACCUCUGUGAGGCUGCGGCAGGCACCGCCAAGCACGAGUGUCAGACCUCAGGUGGUUGUGUUGUGCCACUUCACGUUUUCCUUGGGUUAUAAAACUUUACUUUAUCAGCGUCUCAGAUACCAGGCGGGAAUCUGACCCGUGAGUGGCAGAACGAACGUGCAUCGGAGCACUGCUGCGUGCUCUCCCAGCAGCGUUCCUCUGAUUUACAGCAACUUCGUGUGGACUUCAGGGAAAGGUUUGGAGACGCUCGAGAUCCAGGGGUUACAUCACGUGCAGCGCUGCGUGCAAAUACAGGCCACCGAGAUGAACUGGACGUGCAACCUGGGAAAGGACAAAGUGUAGGCUAAAGUGUAGCUGGUGGUCUCCAUGAAAAACGUAAAGCAAAGGUGGAGAUACUGUGGCUGACAGGUUACCUAGUCAUCUUUUGCAGAGCAGACAAUCUACUGAUGUCGUUACCAGUUUUGAUAAUCUGUUUUCUACUGCAGAGCCAAUGUUUCAAAUUGUUUACAAACCUGUAGAUAAAAUGAGAUCAGCUUGGCCA